AUGUCCUACUUCUUCUCCACCCCGGUCGACAUUGACGUUGUCCUCGAGGACCUGGACGACCGCUCCGCCGUAGACGUCAAGCUCGAUAAGAAUCGCAAAGAGAAGGUGCCAUUGUAUCUGGAUGGCGAAUCUGUCAAGGGGCAGGUCACAGUCAGGCCCAAGGAUGGCAAGCGGCUAGAGCACACGGGCAUCAAGGUGCAGUUCAUUGGAACCAUUGAGAUGUUUUUCGAUCGCGGAAACCACCAUGAAUUUCUCUCUCUCGGCCAGGAGCUUGCUGCGCCCGGCGAACUCCAGCACCCCCAGACCUUCGAGUUCAACUUCAAGAAUGUCGAGAAGCAAUACGAAUCGUACAACGGCAUCAAUGUCAAGCUGCGAUACUUUAUUCGCGUGACAGUAUCGCGCCGAAUGGCGGAUGUCGUCAGGGAGAAGGACCUGUGGGUGUACUCGUACCGGAUACCACCAGAGACGAACAGCUCCAUCAAGAUGGACGUUGGUAUUGAGGACUGCCUACACAUCGAGUUCGAGUACUCGAAGUCGAAGUAUCAUCUGAAGGAUGUCAUUGUCGGCAGGAUAUACUUUCUCUUGGUACGGUUGAAGAUCAAGCACAUGGAGUUGUCAAUCAUAAGAAGAGAGACAACAGGAGCUGCACCGAACCAGUACAACGAAAGCGAGACUUUGGUACGGUUCGAGAUCAUGGACGGCUCGCCAUCAAGAGGAGAGACAAUACCUAUUAGGCUAUUCCUCGGCGGUUUCGACCUCACGCCCACUUUCCGAGAGGUCAAUAAGAAGUACUCGACCCGCUAUUACUUGAGCUUAGUGCUCAUUGACGAAGAUGCGCGACGCUACUUUAAGCAGUCUGAGAUCGUUCUCUUCAGACAAGCACCAGAGGGCUUGACGUUAGCUCAAGAACAGAACAAGCUGAUGGCAGUACCCUGA